AUGCUGCUUCUUGUGCACUACCUCGUGGCAUGCGCCCUGGUGCUUCUACAGGGUGUUGCAGCACUUCCACAGGGAAUAGUAGCUCCAUCCCAAGUCUCGACCGAAACAGCAGCUACACCCACGGGAACUCCCGUUGUGGAGAAUGAUAGAAGAUGUGACUUUGAUAAUAUGAACGAGUUCUUCAGUUACGCCAAGAAGAACCGUCUCAAUAUCACGGUGGAGGUACAGAACUGCCAGGAUCUAUGCCUACUCACAUACGGAACGGGAAACCCUGAUCUUUCAGGGAUUGGAAUGAUGUAUGCAUAUAGCAUACAAACCGGACUGACUAUCCUCAUCGGUCCUGUAUAUCGUCUAUUCUAUCUCCAUCUAGCGCCAGUGAGCGCCUUCCUCCGAGACUUCAGAGACGUCCAAAUGAACUUCUUCUCCUCAAACGCCUUCUUCGUUGGUUCCUCUGCCCUAGCGACACUCGUAAACCUCCCACAGAACCCAUCCACCUUCGAAAUCGCCGAGAUGCAAGCCAUGGCAUUCCUACAAGUGAACAGCAUCCUCGUGACCUUCUUUUGCCUAGUCGUCGCGCAACCAAUCUCGCGCUGGGGCGCGCGAGUCAUACUCUACUUUAUAGUGUUUGUCCUCGUGAUCGUUGCCCUAGGCAAGAGCCACCUGGGUAGCGAAGGCAAAGAAAACUGGAAACUCGCCUCGGAUGGCUGCGCACAUGCCUCAACGGACUACAGCGUUAUCAAUCCCCUCCCGUAUCCAUCGUGGGCCGUCGCGAUCUUUGCAGUUGCGGGGACGGUUGCGUUCUGGUUACAGUCUCUUAAAGAAAAGAAAUCCCAGAAAAACAAGCUGCACACUUCGGCGUUUAGAUUGUUGAUGCUGUUCUGGGUCUUGUUGAUUGGACUCCUGACUGCGUGCAUGGUGGUCGGGCUAACGAUGAUGUGGCGACAACGGAAGCAUCUGCGCAGCUUGGCGAGAGACCAGUUUGAAGAUGAUCAGUGGGGUUUCGGGCAGAUUGCUGCUUUGACGAUCUGGGCGCCUAUUCUGGUUGAGUUGAUCUAUAUCUUGAAUGACUUGGUUCAACGGAAGUCCGAAAGAUGGCAUCGAGUGAAUGAGAAGAUUAGCCUUUCGUUCUCUCCGAAAACUUUACAGGAAGACGAAACAGGUACACCCAUUUCGACUCCGCCACUCGAAAUGAAGCAGCAGGGUGGCAAUGGAAGGGUGACUGAAGUUGCUGAUAGCUGA